GCGCCUGCGGUUGGCGGAGGAGACGGCUCUCGUGCACGUUGAUGUGUUUGGAGAAUUAGCGGCGGACGGAUCUUCGUCGGUACCGGAGCGGACAGUUUGACUCCGAUCAGAAAUGUCGGUUACCGAGAUGUUCAGUUACAUCCAGGGCUUCCUGAGCGCCGACCAGGACGUCCGAGAGGAUAUCCGUAAGGUGGUCCAGACCUUGGAGCAGACUGCCAGAGAAAUACUGACUGUCCUUCAGAGUGUCCACCAGCCUUCAGGGUUUAAAGAGAUUCCCAGUAAAUGUGUGAAGGCUCGGGAGCUGUUCUGCUCAGUCAGGACACAGAUUGCAGACCUGAAAACUAAAUUUCCUGUGGAGCAAUAUUACAGGUUCCAUGAACACUGGCGGUUUGUCCUGCAGCGUCUGGCUUUCUUAGCUGCGUUUGUCGUCUAUCUGGAGACGGAAACUCUGGUGACUCGGGAGGAGGUGGCUCAGAUACUGGGCAUCGAGGUGGUACGAGAGAAAGGCUUUCACCUGGACGUGGAGGAUUACCUGGCAGGUGUUCUGAUCAUGGCCAGUGAACUGUCCCGGCUGGCUGUAAACAGCGUCACAGCCGGAGACUACAACCGGCCGCUGCGCAUCUCCAACUUCAUCAAUGAGCUGGACUCCGGCUUCCGUCUGCUCAACCUGAAGAACGACCCGCUCCGGAAGCGCUACGACGGCCUCAAGUACGACGUGAAGAAGAUCGAGGAGGUGGUUUACGACUUGUCCAUCCGCGGCCUGGCCAAGGAGUCCGAGUCUGCCGGGGACAAGUAGAGCGCCGAGGGCCCGACUGGCUCUGGGAGAAGGAGGAGGAUGCCCCCCGAGCUGGGACCUGGAGACCUUAACCCACCUGGAAGGCAAAGACCAGGGAUCUGCCUGAGGCCCCAGCAGCCCAGGAUAGACUGUAUGAGUGACUGUGUGCGUAUGAGCGGGUAUUUGAGCGAAUGCAUGCAUGAGAGGAGCUUCAGAUGGUCGGCAGGCUGUCAGACGGGCAGCAGAGACCCUCGUCCAGAGGCUGAAGACAGAAGGUUCGAUUUUUGCCGGUUUUUGGAAAUGUGUUCUCAGCUUCAUCAGAUUCCUGCGUUCCUGUUUCACUGAGCUGGUUUAUCAGCUGUCAAGCUUCUAGUUAUCAAAUUCUGGUGUAUCGAUGUUUCAUUUGUUCAAGAAGACAGAGAUUGUUGGGAGUGUGAGGCGCUGCAGCCUUUUGUUCUGUGGUUGUUUUUGUUUUGCUGUUUUUUUCAGAAAAGAAAAAAAGAAAAUGUUGAGUUGAAGCCUGGUGGUGUUUAGUAGGAAUUAUGUUUUUUUUUUUUAAAGGAUGCAAUCCAGGAGUCUCAUUUAUGAAGAAAAUAUUAGAUGCAGCAGUCAGAAGAUUAAAUCUGGAAUCCAACUAACAAUCAGUACAAUUUAUGGCAUUUUACCCGAUUUUGAUCCUUUCUGACUUUAAAAACGAAGCGUUGGUUUUGGCUUUUGAUCCUUUAUUUCCAUAAAUGAGGCUCGAGGAGAGGAAGAGCCAAAGAAAUGACACAGAUGCACUUCAGCUGGUAUAAAGCUACUGUGAUUAGUUAGAUUCCUUUUUGUCAUUUUCCCAUAAAUAAGAAACUUUUGCAGAACAGUGCCAAUGAACACGUCUCUUUAAUUUCAAUAUUUUGGUUCUCUAGUGAUGAAGCUUUGUCUGAAAACAAACUAGUCAGAAUGUCUUGUACUGCAUGUUGUAUGUUUUAUUCAUUUUCUUGUUUUUUUUUUUCACCCGAGGAAAUGCCUCGAAGGUUUGUUUCUCUGCUGGACUUCAUGCUUCUGUUUGCUUCAGUACUGCAGUGGAGCUGGACUGUAUUUUCUAGAAAUAAUUCACUCUGAACAGU